AUGCAUACAUCCAAGUUUUAUGUUCUUUUGGCUGCCACUAUGGCAGUGACUAUGGCCCAUGCCGCUGAAUUGCAUAACCGUGACAAAGGAUUGAAUGUCCAUGGUAACAAAGUACACGCACGUGACAUCAUUCACCAGCAAGUCAAGGCAAUGGCCGAUGAUGAAGACAACGAUGAUUCGGAUAUCCUUUCUGGUGGUACUGGCAAGUUGAAUGAACAAGACGACAAAGCCAAGAAUCAAAAAGAUGCCGAUGUUGAUGAAGAGGAAGAACAAGGCGGUAUGAACGAGGAUGAGGAUCAAGAACAAGAAGAUAAGGACAAUGAUGACCUUGUGGGUGGUGAUGAUGAUGUUACAGUGACCAAGUUGGUGACCCACAUCGAGGUGGCAUAUGGACCUGGACCCACUGCUAUUGCCGAAGACGAUGAUGAGGAUGAAGUUGAAGAUGUCAAGGACAAGAAAAAGGAUGCUGAGGAUGACGACGAAGUUGAAGAUGUCAAGGACAAGAAAAAGGAUGCCGAGGAUGAGGAUGACGUUGAAGAUAUCAAGGAUAAGAAGAAGGAUGCUGAGGAUGAGGAAGAAGAUGAGGAAGAUGUCGAUGUUGAUAACACUUUGGGCAAGAACAAGGAGAACAAUGAUGACAAGGACAAAGAGACCAGCCCAUCCAAGAACAAGAACGUCGAUGACGAAGAUGAGGAGGAAGAGGAAGAAGAGGAAAAAGUCAGUGAGAAAAAGAACAAAAACAUGGACGACGAAGCCGAUCAAAAGAAGAAAAACGCUGACACAGAAGAAGAGGAUGAGGAGGAUUUGGAUGAUAUGGACAAGGAUGCUGCCAACCGUGCCGUUGUUUCUAGUGAACAAUCUUCUUCUUCAGCAACAGCAUCAGGUACAGCUGCUACUGGUAUGCCUAGUGCCUCUGGUGCAGGAGCCAUGGCAUCCGGAUCAGCAGGUAGCCAUAGCAGCGGUAGCAUGUCUCUUGGUCAUUCCAACACUCUUCGUAUGCAACCAGCUUCUAGUGCUAGCGGUGGUUCGUCGUCUUCAAGCACUGGCUCUGGAUCUCAUGCUUCCAACUCCACCUCCAAUGCAAACGUUGUUCGCAUCACAGCUGGUCUCUCGAUUGUGUCACUAUCCUUUGCCAUUCUCAACUCUUUGUUCUAA